UCUCAGCAGCAGAGAGGAGCGGAGAGAGCUCGCCGCAGCCCCAUGUCGCAGCCAGGGCUCCCUUCCCCAGCCCCCACCUGUGGAUGUGAUGGCGGCUCCUGCUCUGACCUGGUGCCUGUCCCUCCUCGCCUUCCUCCUGCCCCCGGCCAUCGCUCGGGCGUCCACAGCGGUGAAUGACACGUCCACGCUCACCUGCUUCUACAACUCGAGGGCCAACAUCUCCUGUGUCUGGAGCCGGGAUGGGGGCCUGCAGGCCACCUCCUGCCACGUCCACGCCCAGCCUGACAAACGGCCCUGGAACAAAUCCUGUGAGCUGCUCCCCGCGGGCCCGGCAUCCUGGUCCUGCAACCUGAUCCUGGGACGCCCCGAUGCCCAGAAACUGACCGCAGCAGACACCGUGAGCAUGAAGGUGAUGUGCCUGGAGGGGGAGAGGUGGACGAGGGUGAUGACCCAGGACUUCAAGCCCUUUGACAACCUUCGCCUGAUGGCCCCUGACUCCCUCCAAGUCACCCAGGAGGGGAGCCGCAGAUGCAACAUAACCUGGAAUGCCCCCCAGUCCUCCCACUACAUUGCAAGACACCUGGAGUUUGAGGUCCGGACCAGGUCCCUGGACCACAGUUGGGAGGAGGCCUCCCCGCUGGCCCUCAAGCAGAACCAGCGAUGGAUCUUCCUGGAGACCCUCGCUCCAGACACCCCGUAUGAGCUUCAGGUGCGGGUCAGGGCCCAGCGAGGCAGCCUCCUGACCUGGAGCCCCUGGAGCCAGCCCCUGGCCUUUAGGACGAGGCCCGAAGACCAGCCCCUGGCCGGGAGGAGGCCUGACGCAGCCCCUUCAAUGGGCCACAUCCUCGUGGGCCUCUGCGGUGCCUUGGGCUUCAUCUUCGUAGUCUAUCUGCUAGUCAACUGCCAGUACCUCGGGCCGUGGUUCAAGAAGGUUCUGAAGUGUCACAUCCCAGACCCCUCAGAGUUCUUUUCCCAGCUGAGCUCAGAGCACGGAGGAGAUCUCCAGAAGUGGCUCUCCUCGCCCUUCCCCUCGUCCUCCUUCAGCCCCAGCGGCCCGGCCCCCGAGAUCUCCCCGCUGGAGGUGCUGGACAGGGACGCCAAGGCCACACAGCUGCUCCUGCUGCGGCAGGACAAGGGGCCCUCGCCCUCUCUGGAGACCAGCGGCCACUCGCUGACCAGCUGCUUCACCAACCAAGGCUACUUCUUCUUCCACCUCCCGGACGCGCUGGAGAUCGAGGCCUGCCAGGUGUACUUCACCUAUGACCCCUACGCCGAGGAGCUGGACGAGGACGGGCCCGGAGCACCCGAGGGGUCUCUCCUCCCACCCCUGCCACUUCCGCCAGGGGAGGAUGACGCCUACUGCACCUUCCCCCCCAGGGAUGACCUGCUGCUCUUCUCCCCCAGUCUCCUCAGUGGCCCAAGCCCCCCAAACACUGCCCUGGGGGGCCCUGGGGCUGGUGAAGAGAGGGAGGGAACCGCUCCGCAGGAGGGAGUUCCCAGAGACUGGGCCCCCCAGCGCCUGGGGCCUCCCACCCCAGGAGCCACUGGCCUGGUGGGUUGCCCGUCACCCCAGGAGAAUGCACUGGGAGAAGCAGAAGAGGAGGGCCCUGGCCCUGGCUCCGGCCCUGGCCCUGGGGAGGGGGCCGGCUUCCCCUGUGCCAGCCCUCCUGUGCAAUGCCAGGUCAGGGCCCCCACCUCCUGUCUGCCCCUGAACACGGAUGCCUACCUGUCCCUCCAAGAGCUCCAGGAUCAGGACCCGGCGUACUUGGUGUAG